AUGACAAUAGCCGCGUUACCGUCGUGCUGUAUCCUGUAUUUGAGCAAACGGCCGAAUUCUUUAAGUACAGCCCCCAAGGUGGGGGUGUGGGGAGGUAUCGUGACAUUCUCGGAAUGGUUGGAAGCUCAGAAUGGAGUAGCGCCCCCUGGCAAUCUGACUGCUCUGGCAAUCCGCGCGAACUCGGCCACUCUCGGCUGGAUAGUCUACGGCGAUGGGCGCCGAAUACUGCGCUUCGAAAUAACGUACGAUCUCGUCGACUCGCCUAUCGGCAAGUUCCGUGUCACUCGAGCGAUUGAUGGUUACCGGAGAUACUACAAGCUCAGCGGCCUGUUCGCCGGACAGACCUACCGAGUCUUCAUGGUUUCGCUGGAUAUAUCAGGCACCACGAGCAACAUCAGCAACGAACUCAAGUUCACUACAGAACCAAAUGACGGGCGCGGCGGGUACCUUGUGGUUCGUCACGGGACCCAGGCGGAGGAGGUGGUCGUCUUCCUCAUCCUCAUCAUGGUGUGGAUCGUCGCCGUGACGUUCUUCUUCAAGAAGUGGGACAGCAUCCGCAUCCUGCAGCCCAUGGAGCCGCGCUACAAACACAGCCCGAAAAACCUCGAGACGAUCCGCAUCGUGAAGCGCGCGCAGGACAGCAUCAUCUACAAGAACUACAGCCGCAAACUCAGUUUGACUAUGUUCGAGCGAGAGAAGAAGCGGCUAGCGCGGCUCAACACGGUGCCCCAGAUUAACACGUUACCCAUUCAAAUGGAGGAAAUGACGACAGAAAUGUGAAAAUGGCGGUUUUGUGGUCCCGUGCUUUCCAAACCUUUUCAGUCUUGGACUCGAGAGAGGGCUUGUUCUGAAUGUGGACGUUAAAUCCUAUGACCAGACCUGACCUGACCUGACCUGACCUCAGACUCAAUACUUUUUCUGUCUUGGACGGAGGAGCCGGCGAAAGUCGACACCUGUGCCAAUGACAGGUGUGUGCUACAACAGCUUGUUCUGAAUGUGCACGUUAAAACCUAUGACCUGACCAGACUAGACUCAAGACUUUAAAUAGAGAGUGAGACUUUGACGUCAUGGCAACCAUUCACAUUGCAUGUGUGCGACGUCAUUAGAUAUUGAGUCUGGACUCUAAACGUUUUAUAAGCACGGGUCCUGUGUGUGUGUGUGUGUGUGUGUGUGUGUGUGUAUGUGUGUGCGUGCGUGCGUGCGCGCGCGCGUGAGUGCGUGCGUGAUGUCUUGAAUUAUUUCCCCUUAUUGUGAUAAUGAUUAUUAUGUUUAGUUGGAAAUCGUGACGAUUUCUUGUGAAUUCCUGUAGAGUGCGUGGAUAUAGUAUAUUUUUUAAUGAUUUAAAAAAGAAGAAAAAAGCAAAUACCAUCAGCAUGUAUGACCGGAAGUGGUUUAGUCUCGAUACGAGUGUAGCUCUGAUCUCAAAUAUACAGAAGGUUAGCGAGAUCUGUGUAGGCGAGGCGGUGCUACACUACAUGAGCCUGAUUAGUAAAUGCUGAUUUUACGUUGACCAGUCUGUCAUCAUAACCAGUCCAUCGAUCAGCCAAUCAAAUACGUCGAUUCUUGUUUUGAAGUAUUGAGUGUUCCGAGCGUGUAUUCGAUUAUCCGUUCUGGUUUUGUCAAGAUAACUACAAUACUUUGCACUGUUGCUUAUACAGCAUUCUACUAAAGAUACUUUGUUAUAUCAGUGGCGGAUCUAGAAAAUAGUUUGCGGAGGGGGUGGAGCGACUAACGUGAAAGGGACACAUGGACUAACUCCUGAAAAUGACGUAUCUCAAUAGGGCAAACAAGGGGGAAUUAGAACGAAGUUUCGAAUACGCUCAACUGACAGAUGUCUGGAAGUGACCGAGACUAACUACCAGCCGGAAGUGGAUAAGGGCGGACUGUAUUUCUUCAGUAAUUGUCCGUCCAUCCUGGUUGGUGUAACCAGGGGAGACCAGAGACCAAUAUAACAUACAGUCUUGUUCAGACCGCGGCUCGGGGGUAUAAACCUGGCCCGAGUUGUGCCACACCGAUUGGAACUUGAAACGUCCGCACAACUAAGUUUAUGCGCUUCAUGGUAAACAAAAUGGCCACGUCGGGAAUCAAUCAGAUAGUUAGUUUGCUGACUCAACUUGGGACAGGGCUCCUCAUGGCUAAGGAUUUGUGCAUCUACCGGGGGUGGGGGGUGGGGGGGGGGGGGGGGGGGUGGAAGCCCCUGCUCAAAGUUUAUUCUUUUUUUUAACAUCUAUUUUUCGGGGGAACAUGACUAAUCCUUUAGACUUUAUGGUCGUUAAAUUGUAGAUCCUCUGAGUCUCUCCCCCCCCCCCUUAGCUUAAUUUUCUGCACACACUCCUGGUUUCGUUCUAGAAUUGUUCAUAAUAAGGGUGGUCGAGAGGCAAUUUACUAGGCACGGAUCCGGAAGGGUGGUGUCGAGGGGCGUCUGAACAAGACAAUAAAUAUUCAAGUUUUCCCACGACGCCAUAUAACCGUAAAUAAAAUGUGCUGAGUGCGUCGUUAAAUAAAACAUUUUCUUUUAAGUUUUCCCCCACAUAUCUUAAAGUGAAUUCAACGCUAAUACACAACUUCUAUUUAAGAAGUUUCAUGUAGAACCCUUUGCAAAACAAUCCGCCAUUUAAAACUAAUAUUUAUUUAAACUUUGUAUGCAUAAUUAAAAAGUUUUGGCAGACUCACAAGACAUAAAAUCAUCACUGUGCCUCUGACCUCCGCUUGGCAGGGCCGCGGAACGAUGUGUGAAAUGGGUGGAUGAGGAUAUGGCAGACACAGUUUUAAAUUUAUAUUUAUGGUAAAGCAAAAAGUAAAAUGUUUUUGGCCUCAUGCGAGGAGUGUACGGCCAUGUUUGGUGAUAUAUAGUUCUAGAACAUCUAUAAGUGUUUGACUAGUCAAAUUUCGUUUGAAUUACAAAACAGAAAUAUCCAAGAUGGCGGUGAUCGCACUGGAUGAUUUACAAUCAGGUGGAAGGUGUUGAUUAUAAUCUGCAUCAACUGUUAGGGUGUGUCAUCUGUUUGUUUAAACAUUACAGCAAAUGUUAACCUCCUUCGUUAAAAAGAAAAUGUUAUCGUUUAAUCAUGAAGACAGACUAGAUACCAACAUUUUCACUACAUUUCUGUCUAGAUUAUUUUACUAACGACAUUUUUAUUUCUAACAAAAGCAAUAUAGACAUUUCUUUGCCUUCUGAUUAUUCUAUUUUGACAUUCUGUAAAUUUUGGAAUGUUGUUAUCCGCCAUCUUGGAAUCCUUUCACACUAGUUUAGGAUUCUCUAACGUUAGAUUGAGUUUUUACUUGGUAUCACUUCUGUAUUUGCCAGCCGUUGGAAAACAUCUCCGAUGCUUACAGAACUAAUUUUAAAAUGUUUACUAGAUACCAAAGAAUGUGUGCUGUUUUCGCCAUUCUCGGUUAAACUAUAAAAAUGUUACCAGCCCUGCGCCACGACGAGGAGCAAUACUCUGUAUAAGAGUUUAAAAGUGUCGGUUAGAACGAGACUGUAUACGUGUAUAUUGGCAAUCUGGAUUACCAGACCAAACUCUUGAAUUAUUUUAUACCACGUGUAGACACACGUGGGGUUGCAAGUGUUACAAAUGUUCAUCAAACAUAUGUGUAUAUAAUGUCGAUCUGUGUAAAAUCUACGUUCACAUGUUUUCAUGAAAAUAAGAUUCUUCCACUGGUUUGAGUAAUUUAAACGGGCCGAAUUUACAAAACCUGUUUUCAGUAAAACUGCGUAAACUUACCUGUAUGUAUUUACCUUAAACUUCUGCGUAAAACUUACCUGUACGUAUUUACCAUAAACUUCUGCGUAAACUUACCUGUACGUAUUUACCUUAACUUCUGCGUAAACUUACCUGUACGUAUUUACCUUAAACUUCUGCGUAAACUUACCUGCACGUAUUUACCUUAAACUUCUGCGUAAACUUACCUGUAUGUAUUUACCUUAAACUUCUGCGUAAACUUACCUGUAUGUAUUUACCUUAAACUUCUGCGCUUACGGAAAAAUGAGGUUUUGUAAAUUUGGCCCGACAUAUUUAAAAACUAGUGAAAGGUCAAGUACAGUAGUUUCCUAUGUUUGUUUGUUUGUUUGUUUGUUUGUUUGUUUUUCAAUUGAUGGAUCCAAAAAGUGUCAGCUAGAAAGAAUUUUGAGAAGCAUAAAUAUAGGGGUGGGGGGGGGUGUCUUUAAUUUUUCUCAUAUAAAUUAGUCUGGUUCAUUAUGUAAUGUUGUUGUGGAUAUUUUUUUUCAAACAUAUAUUUCGGAAAACUACAUAGAGCCAUCAAUGAGAAAACAGAUGUUGUCAUUUUGCCGGAAGUGAAUAAUUCUUAAUCAUGACUCUUAAGUCAUUUAGAAUCUGAGGUAUCCUCAUUUUGAGGUCCACAUUAAAAAAACAAAUCCAAGAUGGCCGCCAUAUUGACUUCAUUGAUUGGUUGUUCUAUGAAGUUUACAAAAAUGUUUAGUUUUGAAAAUCUCCACAAACGUGGCAAGAAACCUAAAACCUGGGCAUAGUGAACCAUUCCACAGAUAGGAUAGCACAUAUCACCUCCUUUGAUAUACCAGUCGUGGUGUACUGGCUGGGAUAACAAAAUAGCCUAAUGUGCCACCGACGGAGAUCGAUCCCAGACCGACUGCACAUC